AUGGCUGAAACACUCCAGUUCACCAGCUACGAGCAUGAAGAUGCCUGGGACGUGAAUUGGCUGCGCGUGGAUGACACCCAUGAACUUUACUAUCAACAGUUUGGCAAGAAGGACGGAAAGCCUGUCAUCUACCUCCAUGGUGGGCCUGGCGGGAACUGCUCCAAAACCAACACCGUCUUCUUCAACCCCUCUGAAUACCGAGUGGUUCUGCUCGACCAGCGAGGCUGUGGUCAAUCGCGCCCUAAUGCCAACACAACAAACAACACUACUUGGCAUCUCGUCGAAGACAUCGAAAAGCUGCGCAAGCAUCUGAAGUUUUCCAAAUGGCACAUGGUCUUUGGUGGCUCCUGGGGAUCCACACUCGCUCUAGCAUAUGCGCAAACACACCCCGAUAGUGUAGGUAGUCUAGUCCUGCGCGGCAUCUUCACCGUGCGAGACAUCGAACUCAAGUGGACCAACCAUGCAGGCGGCGCGCAAAUGCUGUUUCCCGACCGCUGGGAGGACUUUAUCAAGUUUUUACCAGAGGAAGAACGUUCCGAUCAUAUCGGCAACUACCACAAACGCCUCAUGUCUUCGGACUCGUCUAUCAGUCAUCCCGCGGCUGAGGCGUGGAACACGUGGGAGCUAUCAAUCAGCACCCUGUAUCCUGACCCACACGCAUACAAGAAACUGAAAGAACCAGCCUAUCUGCUCGCACAUGCUAGGAUGGAGAUUCACUACUUCAUCAACAAAGCAUGGAUGGAAGACGGGCAGCUGCUGAGGAAGGAGAACGUGGACCGGAUCCGGAACAUUCCGACGACCAUCGUGCAGGGCAGGUACGAUGUUGUCUGCCCGCCGGUUACAGCGUGGGAGUUGUACAAGCAAUGGCCGGAGAGCAAAUUGCACUUCAUAGACGACGCUGGGCACAGUGUUAUGGAGCCCGGGACGAGAAGGAAGUUGACUGAAGUGUGCGAUGAAUACGCGUCUCUCAGCGUCUAG